AUGACAACAGAAAAAUUGGAAAACGAUUGGAAACUGAUACAAGAUGAUUUUCAGAAGCUUGAGAAAAUCCACGACGAGUACAUUCAAAAGUCUCGACAAGUGAGUAAAUUCCAAGAUACGGCCGGAAAAGCGAUGAAACAUCACAAUUAUCUGCUGAAAAACUUCAAAGAGACCAUGAAGCAAACACAGCAAUCACUCGAGAAGAAAGAGCCGUCGGAAGAGAAAUCGUCGAUCGUCGCACAAAUCUCGAAAAUGCGCGAAGAAAUGGAGGUGUCGAAUCUGCGACUCCGUGAUAUGCAAGGAGAACUGCCCGCCCAAUCGAAUGGGUUCUAUUUGAAUCUGAUUUUGGGAUCGAAUCUCAACGUGUCGCUUCUCACAAAGACCGAGAAGUUCAAGUAUAAACAGGAAUACGAGGGCUUCAAAUGGAACAUCACAAUCCUCAUCUGCGCCUUGGCCCUAAUCUCGUGGAUGUGGCCAUUCCGAGUAUUCGAUUCGAUUCUAUGCUUUCUGAUGGUCUGGUACUACUGUACCCUAACAAUCCGUGAGUCGGUGCUCCGUGUGAAUGGCUCGAAAAUCAAAGGAUGGUGGCUCUCUCAUCAUUAUCUCUCGUGCGCCGUGCCCGGUAUCGUACUCACGUGGAAAGACGGCGUGUGUUAUCAGGAGUUCCGUCCCUAUUUCCUCCUUUUCACUUUCUAUAUCUCAUUGGUUCAACUGGCACAGAAUCAGUAUCAAUCGGGAUGUUUGAGGAGACUUCACUCAUUGGGACAAGGACAUCAAAUGGAUAUUACUGUCGAGGGAUUCACUUCGUGGCAAUUCAAAGGGCUCACUUUCUUGUUGCCGUUUUUGACCAUCGGAUAUCUCUACCAACUGUAUCUCGCAUGGAAACUGUACGGUUACACGAAUACGGAGACAUGUGACGGAUUGUGGCAGGUUUGGGCCCUCUCGAUUCUUCUCGGAGCGAUCGCCGGUGGAAAUAUUGUGACGACGUCGAUGGUUUGCAUCAGAAAACUCAAAACCACGCCCUCUUACACGAACAUUGUUGCUCUCACCCGGAAAUACAGCUCUCGCCACAAAAUCAAUCAGGCUCCGCCCACUUGUGACCAGAAUGCCACGUCAUCAUCGUCGAGUGCCACGUCGACUCGUGUCCCGCCACCACCAACUGAGAAAUUGCAUUUGCAUUAA